CUGACAGUGACAGUGACAGUACAGGACAUUUGAAAUGCUCUAAUUAUAUUCUCCUGUAGAAUGUUUGCUUCAAAAUAUGCUUUUUUAGUUAUUGAGAUAUUUUUUUUAUAAUCUUAUGUGUAUUUCCACAAUAACACUGUUUGUUUAAUAAUACAAAAAUAUGGAUAUUCCGAGUAGCGAUGGCCUUUCCGAGGCAGAACGAUUGAGAGAAGAAGAAUUGGCACAAGAAUUGGAACACAGUGACUCCAUUGAAGAUGAUUCUCAAGAAAUAUCCUUAGAAAUAGAAGAAAAAUUAUUAAAAGAUGAACCAGAAUAUACAACAUUGGUAAACUAUGGUGAAAGUGUUCCAACCACAAAUGUGGAAAGUGAAAUUGUAGAAACAUAUUCAGAUAGUUCUCAGAAUGUGGAAACAGUACAUCGAGCAGAUGAACUUGGCAAUAUCUACACAGACAAUCCUGAUAAUUUCAUAAGUUCACAACCAGACACACUGACUGAUGUAACUGAUCAGUAUGAGCCAUACAUCAAUGAUUAUACAUAUGACACAUCACACCUUAUUGAACAACCUCAAACAGAAAAUGUUGAAGAUAGGUUUAAUUUAAAUACAGCAGAACAAAAGAACAGCAUUGUGAUCCCAGAUAUUAACGAAUUUCAGCAAAGUGAACCAACACCAAACAAUAGUUAUGAGUCACAAAUGACAGAAGAGAUGCUCAUGAGUGAACGAGAGAGAGAGAAGAAAAGUAAAAAGGAACUGGAAGAAGAGGAAAGGGAGAAAAUGCAAGUAUUAGUCUCAAAUUUCACAGAAGAACAACUGGACAGAUAUGAAAUGUACCGUCGAGCAGCAUUUCCUAAAGCAGCUGUUAAGCGCUUGAUGCAAACUAUAACCGGUUGCUCUGUUGGACAGAAUGUUGUCAUUGCCAUGUCUGGUAUUGCCAAAGUGUUUGUAGGUGAAGUUGUUGAAGAAGCUCUAGAAGUAUUGGAGAAAUCUGGAGAACCUGGUCCCUUACAACCCAAGCAUCUCAGGGAAGCAUUGCGUAGACUCAGAAUGAAAGGUGUCAUACCAACAAGAAAAGCUCACCGGAGUAUGUUCAGGCUUUAGUAUUGAUAAUAAUUAUACAGAUAAUAAUUAAAUAUAUCAUUA